AUGCUAAAUACUCCCAAAAAAACGCUGUUGUAAAUAUUUUAACCCGGAAAUCAGCUGCGUUGACCCCAUUGUACAUACUGCAAACAGAAAAGAAACAAAUAAAAAACCAAGAAUAUUGGAAAGCAAUCUAAAUUAAACCACUAUCCACUACGGAACUAUCAUCCCAGAUUGCAGGGUUGCAAUUUAUAUCUUUAUCCCACACAUAAUAAACAAUCUACUCGUACUACUACCCGUUCAUUAUUUUAUGCAUAGUUUUAUGUCUUCCUCCCAUUGUUUUUGAUUAUCAUAUAUAAUUGAACACGGAUUAUCGCAAACAAAAACCGAAACAGUAACAUCCAACGAACAACUUACAGAAAACGUUAAUUAAUUUUUGAAUAUUAUUUUCAAAAUGUCUAUUAGCUAAGCUGCAAUUUCGUAACACUAAAACUUGGUCCUUGGAUAGCGCAGGAAUCUGACAACCCUCGGAUCGCCGGAAGAUUCGCCUCGAUCGCCUGGGUCCACUGACAAUGAAGUUUUGCAGCAUGAACGGCCCAAGUGAAUCGGAAGUUGAGAGCCUGCUGAUGAGCCCAUGCUGGGGACCGCCCCAGAUCGCCCAGGAUCAGUAUCUGCUCGAUGGGCACAAGCUGUUGCUGGAGCACGACCUGGACUCCCUGCCCAGCGAUGCGGAUCAGAAGAACUCGCUGGACGUCCUGGACAAUCUGUUGCUGAAUGGAUCGUCCCUGAGCCUGUCCGAUCUGAAACCUCUGCCGCCCUUCACCGGCUACACGGGUCACCUGUCCAUCAAUGGGAUCUCCGGCCACCAUUACCAUGCCAUCGCCCAACGGCUGCCGGAUGAGAGCAACAACAACUAUAUGCAGAGUGCCUAUCACCCGCAGAAUAACCAAUCGAAUCCCACAUCCACCACGCAAUCGAAUGGGGGCAGCAAUAGCAGCUCCAACUCCAACGAGCACAACAUAGUCUCCUCCUCCACCUGCUUACCAGAAAGUGUCCUAAGUGGGAGUGGCGGGGGCAACGAUGCCUGCCUGGCGGACGUGAAGCUCUUCGCCGAUAGUCAACUAGAUUCUAAGCUUUACUCGGUGGCCGAUAGCUGUGUGAUGAAUGGUUCCGGCUCGGGAUCGUCGGUUAAUGGUGGAUCUGGAGGAGGCAAUCCCAGCAUAGCCACCUUAACGCCCAUCGAUCAGGUGGCCGAUUCCCUGCACAAUUCCGGCGUACGGAUCUACAAGGAUCUGACGGAGUAUGUGGACAUGAACUCCAUAGAUGAUAUAGCCGCCAUUAUAGGUUCCGCCAUUGCGGACACCACGGUGCCCAAUCAGCUGGACAAGGAUGAUAACAACGAUACGCGGGACAGCUGGAUGGAUCUCGAUGCCUGGAUCGAUGGCAAUUGCAUACAGCAGGAGUCGGCCAAGGUUCUGGUGUCGCAGCAGGAUUCCCUGGGGGAUUUCAUGCUGCCACACAGUCCGCUGCCCAUGCACGCCAGCAGUUCCACGCUCCAGAGUUUACUGAGCCGGUAUAUGCCCCUGCUGCAGAAUCGCCUGCAGAAUGGUCCACCCAAUGGUAAUUCCUCAGGAGGAGGAGGAGCCGGAAAUCCUGGAGCGGGGAUCAAAGGGGAUCCCCAGGCGCCCACAUCUACCUCGUACUGCAACGAACUGGCGGCGGCCACCAGCAGCAGUUGCAGUCCACCCGGUUCGGUGGUCAGCACAACGGAACCCAAUGGUCUGAUGAUCAAUCCGCGGUAUUUAAGCAAUCCGACCAAUAACCAGGCGACGGGAAUCAUCCCCACCAGCGGUGGCUACUCCAUGCAGAAUUCCGGUCUGUCCCUCAAGGAUAAUGGCCUGUCCCCAGAUCUCUUGGGCAACUAUCCGCAUACGACGACGGCCAGCACGACGGGUUCGGAGAUGAGAAGUGGUGCGCCCAAGGCCAAGAGAUCCCGAUCCCAGAAGAAGUCCAACCAGCAGCAACAGCAGCAGCAGCAGCAACAACAGCCGGGUGAGGGUGGUGGACCACCAACCACGCCCCAAAUGAGCGCCAUCUCACCAUCCGGCUUCAGUGCCAGCGAUCUGAGUGGUUCUGGCAAGGAGAAGCCCGUCCAUCGGUGCAGCAUCUGCAAUCGGGGAUUCCUCAACAAGUCCAACAUCAAGGUGCAUCUGCGCACCCACACGGGCGAGAAACCCUCGUGCGACGUCUGCGCCAAGGCCUUUCGCCAGAAGGCGCACCUGCUCAAACAUCAACAGAUACACAAGAGAAUUGGGCGUGACUGACGCUCCUCCACGAGCUUUAUGUUAUAGCCGAACAACCAAGUAGCAUCUCCCAGGGAGAAGCGCCAUGCGCAGCACAGAAAACUAAGAUUAGAUAUGGUGGGAACGGAAUUGGUAUAAACCCGCUUUUCCAAAAGGGAAACCCCUCAAUUCGUCCUUAAAAAGUUGAUAUUGUGGAGUUAUUUUGGAAACUGCAAGUUUUAUACUUACCAAAUGAGCCAAAUUAUAAACAAAUAUAUCCCUGCUCUCUGAUAUUUAGAGAAUUGAUUCGAAAAAUCUUUGUAGAUCUAAAAACAACAAGUUUGGUUUCUAAAAGUGUGAGAGUCACUCUAAUGUCUAGGGUUUCAAAUCUCCUGAAUUGUGCCUAAAUGUAUGCAAUACUUUUUUGCAGCUUUUCCAAAUCACUAAAAACCCUACAAAUUGUUUUCAUAUCACUUAAGAGUUUGUCAGCGAAUGAUAUAUUAUUUGUUUUGUUAAAGUUCUUGUUAAUCUUAUAUUUUCUGUAAUUUGGAUUCUCCAAGGAUCUAAAUGAUGUGCUGGGUGCAUUCUCCCUGCGUUCUCUGUGUGCGUGUGUGCCAGUGCUUGGCCAGGAUAAUGUCUGAGUAUCGUUCAGAACUCGGAGAUUGUUCAGUCUAUAUAUAACAGAUAUAUAGAAAAUCUAAAGGUCACGCAGUGGCAUACACACACUUUUUGAUAUUCGUUGUUGUUGGUUGCUUUUGAUCUCUUCGCUUAUUCGUAAUGAGUGAAAAUAAGGGUUAGAAAAUGCCAAAUAGUUAAAAAAAAAUCAGACUUAGCAACAUUUUAUAGUUAAAAACAAGUCAAAAACAAAAGGUUUUAC